AUGGCCUCAGUCUCUGAGCUCUCCUGCAUCUACUCCGCCCUUAUCCUCCACCACGACGAUGACAACGACGACAACGAGGUGACGGUCACGGAGGAUAAGAUCAAUGCCCUCAUUAAAGCAGCUGGGGUCAAUUUUGAACCUUUCUGGCCUGACUUGUUUGCAAAGGCCCUGGCCAAUGUCAAUACUGGGAGCCUCAUCGGCAAUGUAGGGGUUGGUGGGCCUGCUCCAGCAGCUGGAGCAGCACCAGCAGGCGGUCCUGCCCCCUCUACCACUGCUGCCCCAGCUGAGGGGAAGAAAGUGGAAGCAAAAAAGGAAGAAUCCGAGGAGUCUGAUGAAGACAUAGGCUUUGGUCUUUUUGACUAGGCGUUUUGAUACCAUGGCUAAUAA